UAACUAGACGCUACCUAGGUGCAUCCAGCAGUCGAACGGUCGACACGGGGCGCCGAAGACUGUCUGGAAAGCUGUGAGUGAACUUUGUCAACCUCGAUGUUACCUUUGCUGCCAAUGUAUUCGACCUUCUCCGCCCUUGAUACCCAGCCUCAAUCUUGUGCUCAAUCCAACAUUCCAAAUCGAGCCUUCAGCCUUUUUCGAAGGACGACGCGCAAACAACUUUGCUUCCGACCCGUUGACCUUCUUGGUUCGACAGCCUGCGGUCUCCCCUUUCAGACAUUCGGAGCUGCUGAGCCAGUCCGAUUUCGCUAUUGUUCCUCCUAGGUGGAAACGCCCCGUGACUCGGUCCAAGUGUAUUGACGUGUCGAGAACUCUAUUGAGGGCGGACUCGGCAGUAUAAAACCCACGGAAGACUGCUCCCCCACCUCGAAGACGCACCUGAGCAGUCUUCCAUGUUUUCCCAUUGCCAUCAAGAUUGAAGAAGAAGAACACAUGCAGCAAGAACAUGACCGGACACCACAUGAUACAAUGGACCAGCAGCCUUCCGCCCCGUCAACGCCGGGACGAGAUAUUUCGCUCUCGAGACGACCGUCGAACUCUUGUAGUUCCACGUUUCCAGCUCGUGCGCAGCAGGCCAUAUCAGACUCGAAUCCUUACUCCCCUUGGUCACGGAAAUCGAUAUUAUGCUUAGACGGAGGUGGCAUGAAGGGGUACUCGACGCUACUCAUCCUAAAGCGCCUAUGCGUCAUAAUCGAAGAAAUCGAGACGGGACGACGUCCGAGAAUCAACGGCAAAGAUUACUUUGAGCUCAACACCAGCAGCGCCGAUUACCCUUGGAACUGCGACACAUUUGGAAUACGACCGAAGCCUCAUGCAUUUGGUCCCAACGACAUCAUUCGGAAAGAGACGCGGGGGCAGAUUGCAGAAUCCGUAAAGCGGACAUUCGACCCCGCAGACGGCGAUCGGACAGGCGACUUUCUUCUACGACACUACUUCGAUUAUACGGCCGGGACCAGUACCGGGGGGCUAAGCGCCAUACUGCUGAGCAGAAUGGGCAUGUCAAUUGAUAUGGCCCUUGCCCAGUACGAUGUCAUAGGGAACUCCGUAUUCGGUCGUCCACGCCUCCUCAACCGUGCUUCUAAGGCCAUGGAUUUUAUCCAGUCCAAAUAUUCAGCGAAGCAGAUGGAGGAUGCGAUCUGCCAGGUGAUUGCGAACGGGCUCAAGACUGAACUCAGCCAUCGGAAAAUUCGUCCGGACGAAGCCCCUUUUCAGACCGACUCUCCUGGGUCCCGAACUAUGGUGAUUGCUUAUGGACAUGCGAAGAAGAAGAACGUGGCCAAGGAGUAUCUUUUUAGGACCUACCUCCACAAUUACCCGUCGCCAGCUCUGGAUCGGCAGGCUCGACGAAAGCAUCUGAACCCAGGUCUGGCGAAUCCUCUCCCCUUGUAUAAGGUCGCGCGAGCAACAUCAGCAGCACCGAAAUACUUCCCAAAAGUCGAUAUCGGCGGCCGGUCAUAUCUCGACGGUGGGAUGGUCGCCAAUAAUCCGUCUCGACUAGCACUCAAAGAAGUGGAACAAAUGCACGAACAGUUACCGAAGCUCCUGCUUUCGCUUGGAACGGGGAUGCCGGACGACUACGAACGGCUAGAUCAAGACGCCCUUCUCCACGGCAGCUACAUGAUCCGGGGGUUCGGCGACACGUUAAAGGCAAUUAGCAUGCUGGUGACGCAAACCGAAAAGAUCCACGACGAUAUGUCCGACUUGCUAGCGAACCCACGACAGCGCCCGGGAGGCGUCCAUCGCCAGAAGACCGAGUACUUCCGCUUCAAUGUGGUUGGCGACGCAGGCGAGAUUCCUCUGGAUGAUUGGAGAGGCCGUAACGGCGAGGUUACGAAGGCUCGAAUCCGAGGCAAUGUCAUGACGUACCUUUCCAACCAGAGUGUGCAUGAAGAGCUCAUCAAGUGCGCACAGAUUCUGGUGGAGACCCGACGAGCUCGAGCAGAAACCGAGCGAUGGGAAGCAUUUGCUCACGAGUUUGCCUACUUCUGUCCAGAAAAGUCCUGCGAGAAAGCCAGCGCCUCCCGGAUCUGGUUCACUCGCGACGAACUCCGCGAACACGGAACUCAAGAGCACUACUACAUUUCCAACAUUCCCAUUGCCAACCAGAAAGACUACCCGCAUGCAUGCCUCUUCGACAGUUGCCGUCAUGCCGUGACCAUUUUCAAAACCCUCGAUGAGUUCCGCUCCCACCUCAUGAGAGUUCAUCGGAUCGGCCGACCCAUAUUCAAAACGGUCGAGGAAAUGGAACGAUGGCUUGACCACGGCCGGCGAACUAAGAAAUGGGCAGUGGACCGCGCUGACUCGAACCCGCAGAAACUCAGCCACAAGAGGCACGACGACCUAUUUCCCAACCCGCAACAGCUCGAAUGCCAGCAGCCGGCGCGGCCGCCAGCGCAACAUCCUCACCUCGAUCACUUCGUUCCCCAACGGGCAUCUCUCCGUCUCCACCCGUAA